AUGGCGGCCGUCAGUCCUUCGUCAUCAGAACUCUCAGCUCCGCCCGUUUCUGACGAUGAAGUCCACGGCUUCGAGUCCCAAAGUCGCCCACGAAUGAAGGAUACCUCGGCACCAAAGCCCAGCGAGGAGGAUGUGAUCGUUGUCGCUUGCGAGAUUGAACCGGAAGAGCCGGAGGAUCACGACACAGUCACCGUGGCGAAUAGCAGAAUUUCUCCCGCAGUCUCGGACAAGGCUGCUACCCCAGCACCGCUCGAGGUCACGGUUGUCAAUGGCAAGGAAUCAACUCCACCUGCCCAAGUCACGGCGGAUAUCCAGCCGGCAGGGAUUGAGGCUGUUGAGCCAUCGAUUGAUGUAGCCGAUACCCCAUAUUCUUCUUGUGCUUCUUCCAGACCCAAGAGGAAAAGGGAAAGCAAGGUCCAGCCCUCGGCUACGACUGCGACUACGGCUCCGGCCCCGUCCGCCAAGAAAGGCCCCACCCCGGCUGCAAAGCGCCGCAAGAAGCAAUGGGAGCCGCCUUUUGUUUAUACCAGUCCGAAUUCUCCACUGGUGAAGAAAAAUAUUGACUUGAGGGCGAUGCUCUGCAACCCACUAGCUUGGGAUGGCCUUUCGCCAGCCCAACAACAGUCCCUGAUCCCGCUGUUCCCUUCAGGCUUCGUCCUGGACAAGGGUACGCCGCAGGCGCGGCCAAACACUCAGGCCAUGCUGAACAGCGACGACUUCAGGCACGACUGUGCCCAGUACCUGACCAACAUACGCCUGGGCCGGCACGAGCCCGAGUGGAUCCUGCAGGCGCAGGAGGCACACCUCAGGCGCAAAAACGGUGACUUUGACGACUUUCUAAGGAAGAAGUUUCGGGACGACUGGGGCGCCGAGCCGCCCGAGGGCUACCCGGAGCCAGAGAGGGUUGCGGCGCUGCGGGCCCACGAGAAGGGAGAGGAACAAAAGAACAAGGCGGGGAUGAUGGCGGAUAAGACUCGGGAGAUAGAAAAUGCUGAGAAUGAGGGCUCGGGAAGGAAUUGCGAGGCAGAAGUGGCGGAUGAGCCGCUUAGAUUGCCGCCCCAGGAGACCAAACAGCAACAGCAGGAGGAGAAACCUCUCGGCCGGAAACUCGGGCAGCCGAACUGCUGCAGUACUACUGAGGUAGGUAUAUGA